AUGCUACGAUUAGAAGACAGCGGGACACCUGCUUUCCAUGUGCUGUGUCACUACAUACACUUUCCGGAGAGGAUAAAGCCCGGUCAGCUUAGCGGAACUGUACCUCUCCCUUCGUCGUCACCAGUCAACUUCACAACUUCUAAGACGAUAAAGCCUGAGGCUAAACAGGAACACGACGUUUCAGACCGUGACAAGCCCUUGGGCGGGCAGGUUAACUGGCCGGCCGGAGAUUAUAUGCUGCCCAUCGGAGGCCGUGGAGGUCAGGGCUAUUCGCUAUUUUCAGAAUCCUCGCCCUACUUGGACCAGCGAGGGGGACUCAGCGCCACUGUGGCAGAGGCCCUGGAAGAACUAAAAGAUCUCAAAUUGCUUCCUCGUAGUCAGAGCCGCUCUUCAAUUGGUAGGGUCAGAAAAUCAUACUCAAACGGGCGGGAUGAUUCACUAGACCUUGAGUCAUCUGCCUUGCUAGACUCAGAGCCUGAAGAGGAUUUCGCUCACUACAGGUGCCCACCCGGAUUCGAUCGUGUCAGCUUGAUGUUCGUAAAGUAUCCAUUGCUUUCUAAAGCUAAUUCCGAAGGUUUGUGGCAUAAUUUAUUCGUCGAACCUUCGAGGCGCCAGUUUGAACACCCGAAAACUCAACAGUUCUGCUGGCGCAGUCGAUUGCGCCUUGAAGACAUGAGAGGAUACGAGAGCAAUGUGACCAAAGCUCACGUCCCAUCUGCUUCUGCUGCCGCCCAAUCCACGUCUAAAUUCAACGAUACAUUUGCUUCCACUGUUGCCACAAAUAUCACCCAUAAGACGGUUGCAACGUCGCUGCCGAGCUCAACAGUGACUGGUGCUGAUUCGCUGACUCGAGGAUCGACGUAUCUGUCAAAAGUUGAUGAUAUGUUGCGUCUACUAAAUCUGGAACGCUUUGAGCGGAAA